AUGAGCACAUUCAAAUUAAUCAAUACUUCAAAUUUAACAUCAGACUUAAGAAAUGUUUCAGCUAUUCUUAAUGAUUUAUUGAAAACUUACGAUCGUUAUCAUCGACCAACAUAUGGAGGUAAACCAGAUAAAGUUAUUGUUGAUAUAUAUGUUCGUAGUAUGAGUGGUAUCAGUGAACUCGAUAUGGAAUAUUCAUUUGAUUGUUUUUUUCGACAACGAUGGACUGAUACUCGUCUUAUUUAUAAUACAACAUCAACUAUGAAUUAUAAAUUAUUACCAGUUAGCAUACAAAUGUUUUCAAAAAUUUGGAAACCUGAUACAUAUUUUUAUAACGGUCGACGAUCUUAUAUUCAUUCAGUACCUCAUGUUAAUCGAUUUUUUCGUAUUGCAACUGAUGGUAGUAUACUUUAUUCACAACGUUUAACUAUUCGAGGUUCAUGUAUAAUGAAUCUUCGAAAUUUACCACUUGAUACACAACAUUGUACUUUAUUGAUUGGUAGUUUUGCUUAUGAUAGUGAAGAAACAAUAUAUGAAUGGAACAAGAAAAGUGCUGUUGAUGUACAAAGUGAUUUAAUUAUGAAUCAGUUUUCAUUGAUUGAUGCAAGUGUGGGUACACAAAUUCUCUUAAGAGAUAAUCGAACUCGAUCAAUAAUAUACGUUGUAUUUUCACUUCGUCGUCAUGUGGGCUAUUUUUUAAUUCAAUUAUAUAUACCAUGUGUACUUAUCGUAUUUUUAUCAUGGGUUGGUCUUUGGUUAAAUCGUGAAGCAACAAAUGAUCGUAUUAAUUUAGGUGUAACAACAGUCUUAACACUUAUAUUUGUUAUAAUUGAAGGAAAAAAGGAUCUACCAAAAGUUUCAUAUAUUACGGCGCUUGAUUGUUUUUUAGCUGUUUGUUUUAUUUUUGUUUUUUCAACAUUAUUCGAAUUUGCCCUAGUUCACUAUUAUACAAAAGCACGAACAGGUGAUCUUAAUGAAAAUAUGCGUGAAUUGGAAGAUUAUAUUAUUCGAAAUGAUGAUUCAGAUACAAAUGAUAAUGAGUUUAGUAGUAGUGAUAUUCAUUUAGUUUAUCGACCAUCAAUAAAAAGAAAAUCAACAUCGAAAAAGAUAAGAUCAAAAAAAAGUUUAAAAAAAUAUUGUCGACAUUUUCAUUGUAAGCCAGCAUAUUCAGCAUUUCAAGGACGAGCUUUAAAAAAUAUUUUUUAUAUGAAUAGUGUAAGUCAAAUUGAUAUUAUUGCACGUAUUCUUUAUCCAUUAACAUUUUUUAUAUUUAAUUUAACUUAUUGGAUUUAUUAUUUACAUGCUAGUCAACAACAAUCAAAAAGAGAAACAAAAUAG